AUGGCAGGCACACGAAGCUUGCCUUUGUGGCUGCUUGUAUAUUUCGCCAUGCUUCACGCGGAGGAAGCCGGUUCUACCAGUGUAGUACCGGAGUCCCGUCACGCUGACACCCGCCCGCCCGUGUCCGAACCAGCCGGCACGGUGGCAGGCAGUCCCCUCCAGGUGACCGGUCCACCAAACCCGGCUGAUCCCGACGGUGGCAGAAUCAGGCAGAGACGCAGAGUCUUAUUCCCGAGAUUGCCGCCGUCAUUCGCCGGACGAGUCCCCCCAGGACUGUCGCAUGUUCCCAAGACAACCCCACGCCCGGACAACAGCCAUCUUACUCGCCCUGGAACCAGCGAGCCCGGCCUGAAGAACGUGACCAUCGUCAAGACUCCCACUGUUCCUAUCCAUACACGUACGUCCCUCCUCGGUGCUGACGCCGCCUCCGACGCCCUCUCUAGCGGUGCGACGACUGAACCUUCCCCGGUGGGAAUUGCCACUGAGCCGCGUGUAACUGGUAUCGGCUCGGAAAGCUUCAAUUAUACGGCUGUACCUGUACAUGAGACCAUGGACGCAAACAAGACAGGCCAACGGGAAGGGGACAACGGUCAAUAUGGUGAGUUUCCUGGUUGCGGGGAGCUGGAAAGCUGUGAGGGCCGGUGUGGUGAGUGGAACAGUACCUUCAACUGCCAGUGCGACGCCAGCUGCCGGGAGUUUGGCGACUGCUGCCGGGAUUAUCACACCGAGUGUGAGACGACGAGAAACGGCACUGGUGGCGACCUUCAACCUCUCAAGGUCAUAAUGGCGGACUCCUGCCGCUGGCGAUGCCACGACGACUCGCCAGCCUUCGCCAGGACCUGCUCCUGUGUGGCCGGGUGCGUCCGUGCUGGGACCUGCUGUGCUGAUCACCACCUCUUGUGCAUGCAGAGCGACGCAAGGGAAAGGGAGGAGGAAGACCUCGACGACAGACAGCCCCUGCAGUGUAUCGGCACUCCUGGACUGCACGGCCACUACUGGAUGGUGGCCACCUGCCCAGCGGCCGUGCGGGACGCUGCUGUACGGAACAUGUGCGAGGUCUCGUCGGCGUCCGAUCCGGAUGAAGAUGCCUUACGUCACGUGCCGGUGUUCGACACUACAACAAACACAUCUUACCGGAACCUGUUCUGCGCACACUGUAACAACGCCACAAAGAAGCUGUCGUGGCAAGGUCUUGUCAGGUGCUUCUUGGGGGGCUCACUACGGAGAAUGCUUACUCGCCCUGUAAGCAAUCCUUACUGUGAUUGGGAAUUGGUUCCACCCGUCACGGAGCGACCCUGUGUACCACAAGUCAUAUAUGAUAGCCCAGACAGUAGCUGCGAUAGGGAUAGGUGUUCUUCUUACACAGCUAAUGUGUACCUGAAUGGUCCAACUGGUGUCAAGAAGUAUCGCAACAUCGAUUGCGCUCGAUGUGCUUCCUCGGGGCUCAGGCCAAAUGUCACUUGCUCUAGAGAUGCGGCCUUCCAGGGGGAUCGUUUGCACAGCCGAGUGCCAACCCUGCGAAUCAUGUUCGACUUUUCCGAACUGAAUAAAACGAAGGCACGCUACAACGGAAGGACCGGGACUCAGUCAUGUCCUGUCGGCAAGGUAUUCGACCCAUUUCGACUCUCUUGUCGAAGUCUCAUACAUAGUGAAAGCCUCAAGUAUGAGAACAUUUCAAGACCAAGAUUCGGAAACAUUAAUCACCUAAGAGGAAGGUCAUCAAGUGGGAAUAUGCCAGCUAUGGACAAUCCAGUUACCACCCAGGGGAGAGGCAUUUCUACAUUACUCUCCAGCAAUCCAAGCGACAUGGGCAGAAACCCAUCGGUGGGAUCAUCGACUUACGCUACAUGGCCAAAUGUCCAACCAGUAACUCCCACCAUGCUUCCGCCAGAUUCCUCCCGACAGAGUACAGUCUUAAUUGUGACCAAUAGUUCUUCCAUGCUUCUCCUCUUAGUGUUUGCCUUCAUCCACUUCAUGAUAGGUAAAAGUCGUCGCUCCACAGGUUCUGUAUUACGGCUGCACUUGGUCUUGGCUCUCUUUCUGUUCCACGGUAGUCAGGCAGCCGGGCAGGUCAUUCACUCCUCAGGGGGGCUCUGGAAGGUGGUUGUUGCGUGUACCAUGCUGUUCUGCCUUGUUGCCAAACUGACGGCUUCCAUGAAAGUUGGUGCGGCCUGCCAGUUCACGCGAUGCAAGUCCACAGGCUCGUCUGGUGCCACGGCAUGUGGCCCUCUGGUGCUCCUCUGGGCUGUUUCCGGCGUUGUUACCCUCACGGCAAUCGUCCUUUACGAUCCACAGCCGCGCUGUUUCGGGUCCUCCAGCGUUCCUUUUGAUGGCAUCAUUUCUUGCUCCACGGCGCCGUACGCCACUGUCACCUCCUAUGGUGGCGUCCUGUGCCUCAGCACCGCAGCUGACGUGUUCUUCUUCACAUCAGCCGUCUGCCGCUCCCGUCUGAAGGCGCGAUUCUGGAGGUUGUCCAAGAAGGACCUGACGGAAGCGAUUUUGGUAUCUGUUCUGCUGACUGUCGUCUUCACAACCAACCUGAUCCUCUCUGCUUUCUCCUUCCAGACAAUGAGUUACGUGUCUAUUCUCGCCUCCUCCCUGCUUGGUGGCCUCGUGGCCGCCGCGAGCCUCUGCAACAUGGAGACUAAACAGUCGCACAAAGAGAAGCUGGAGAGCUGCAGUCAGGAGGAAAACAUCGUGAUGGGAUCAGCUAUCUCCCUGGUUAGCUUUCGUCAGAUUGAGCAGUGA